AAAUUAUAAAUUUUGGAGUUUGUUAAUAAGUACAUACCUAAAAUUAAUGAUACAAAUCACAUUAUUAUUUUAAAAAUAUAUUUAUUUCCUGUACUCUGACUUCAUUGCCUCAGUGUCUUUUCCCUUGUUCUAGAGAGCAGUGACCACUCUGGCUGCGGUGGGCACACUUCCCAUUGUGGUGGCUUCUCUUGUCUUGCAGCCCAGGCUCUAGAGUGCGCUGGCUUCAGUAGUUUCACCUCCUGAGCUCUACAGCUCUGGCUCAGGAAUUGAGGUUCACGGGCUUAGUUGCCCCUCAGCAUGUGGGAUCUUAAUGGGCCAGGCAACAACCUGUGUUUCUUAUAUUGGUCAGUGGACUCUUUAUCACUGAGCCACCGGGGACGCCGUCAUAUUAUUUUUAAAUACAGGUAUUUUAUACAGAUUGGUGUUAAAGUAUUUUCUGUAUUAUUUUCUGCUUGUACUACUUUUUAUGUUUUUAAUAGUAUAAGAUAAUGUUGAAGACUCCCCUGGUGAUAAAGUGGAUAGCAAUGUGUCUGCCAAUGUAGGGGACACGGGUUCCAUCCCAAUUCCUGGAAGAUGCCGCAGAGCAACUAAGCCCAUGCCCAACAACUGCUGUGGCUGUGCUCUGGAGCCCAGAAUCCUUAACUACUGAAGCCCGCAUGCUUGAGCUUGUCUUCCGAAACAAGGGAGGCCACUGCAAUGAGAAGCCUGGGCCCUGCAGCCACAACUCCAUGCAGUGCAGUCACAGGUAGAGACAGCUGGGUCACAGCAACGAAGGCCCAGCGUAACCAAACCAGAUAAGCUGUAAAAAGGAAAUAGAACGUUAACAAACUUACUGAAUCAAACUUACAUUUGACUCACUUUUAAUGUGCUAAAGAUGCCAAAAUGUAGGAGAAGGGAAUGGCUGCCCACUCCAGUUUUCUUGCCUGGAGAAUCCCAUGGACAGAGGACCCUGGCAGGCUAUACUGUCCAUGGAGUCCCAUAGAGUCUGACAUGACUGAGCCAACUGAACAACAACCUCCUCACAUAGCAGAGUGAGUGCUGAAAAACAAACCUAAACCUCUAACUUUCCUCCUGCAGAUUCUUAAGUCAUGUCCAGUUGCUUCUGAAAUAACGUCCUCAAUUUAUACGCCUUGCAGAAAUCAGCCUCUACCUGGCAUUACCCCGUCUUCAUUCCCACGUUGCAGUCACACUGGCUGGUUUUCUGUUCAGUAAAUAUCUUCCCGUGUCAGAGCACUCAGGCUCUUCUCUCUGCUUACAAAACUCUUCCAGUUCCCACCUUGCCAAUCCUAAGUGUUUCUUCCUCACAGACACCUUGUCUGACUUUUCGAUGUAGGUCAAGACAUUCUGCUGAAUCUUCACUUAGCACCAGGCCUGUUUCAGAGCACAUAUAAAAAUAGUGAUGUUAAGAUUAUGGAUGUAAUUGGCUGGCUGGCUGCUGGAUGGUAAGCUCCGUCGUGUUCACUGCGGUACUCCCAGUUAGGGACACAGAGUUGAUACUCCCUAAGUUUUGAUUGAACGAAAGAAAAAAAUAAAGACAAUUCUUCUUGUUUCAAUCAAUUGUGUGUUUCCAUGUGCAUGCAUGAGUGCAUGGAUAUGUAACUCCAUGAUUUUAUUACAAAACCAUCUCAUAAAUAUGGUUUAUGCUUAGAGCAGUUGCAGUUGUAUCUUAAGUGUGUAUUCCAUGGCCUUUAAUAUUUUCUACCUCACCAUAUGAAUAAUGUAAAUAGUAGUCAGAUUAUUGACAUUGUGUGGGUUGUGGGGUAGAGGGGGUGAUCCUGUACAGUGACUAUUCAUGCUGUUCCAUUGCCCUUCAGCUCCCUUGAACUUGUUUCAGGUAUUCUCAGGGAACUCUCUGGGGAUUGUCUUUUAUACUGUUACUUAACUCUUUGAUUCCUUAGGUUCAGUUGUCUCUCCCAACCACCUGAGCUCAGGUGCUGUUGCCUCAUUUCUUAACUGUUUGAUCAGAGCUACUUAUUAGAGUGACAGAGUUUUCUCCCCAGUAAGAUGGACACAGAUCUUUCUCUACUGUUGCUGUUAUGUUGAUGACCAGUUCAUGUGGGUAAAGUCUUUAGACUAAUGCUUAGUGUGUAUGAAGUGUUGAGACACCUCUCGUGAGUGUGAUGAUGACAUCCUCAUCACACUGUGUUCUUUUAAAGCCACUGUGGACUUUGUCCUCUCUGAAGACAGCAGUCUUGCUGUAUCAUCUAGAUAGUGAAUGUCACUCAGUGUGUUGAACGUAACACUUCUGCAUCAACGACCCACUGUUGAUUGUAAUCUGUAUAUUUUUCAUGUCUUGUCCACACCCAUGAUGAAUUCAUGUUGAUUGGAAGAUAUCAUCAUCUUAGAAAAAACAGGAAACUAAAUUAGAGAGCAACAAUUUGCUCCAUAUAGAUUUGCAUGGAUCUAUCAGAAUAUUACUUCAGCUGAAUUGACCACACUUGUCUCAUCUCUUCUCCUUUUCUGUGAAAAUAAUAACCCUCCUCAGGGCCCGUUGGUGACAUGUGUUUUCAUUUCAGGCACAGUUGACCUCCAAGGAUGUGUUCAUAGAUUUCACUCCCGAGGAGUGGGACUGUCUGGACCCUGUCCAGAGGACCUUCUACAAGGACAUGAUGGUGGAGACCCUCAGGAACCUGCUGUCUGUGGAUGUGUCUCAAAUAUGUAUGAUCAAGAAAUUACAGGCAAAAGGAAACAGUGGUAAAGAAGAAAGUUUUCAAAGAGUGAUGUUUGGAAGAGCUGAAAGCCAUGAAAUCAAAGAUUUUUUCCUCAGGAAGGUACAAGAAAAUGUGCAUGAUUUUGAGUGUCUGUGGACAGUUGAUGAAAGAAAUGACAGAGGAAGGUCUAUAUCCCAUAACAACAGUCUCACCAAUAGAAGAGAUCAUGAUAGUAGAAAUGAUGCAGGAAAUACGCCUGUUGAAAGGCAUGGAUCAAACUUUCAGGAUCAGUUGCAGAUACUUGAAUCUGAAGGGACAGUUUCUAAAUGUAGUCAGGUUGUGGUGAAUAGCAACAGUAGCACCUCAGGUUUACCACCUCAGAGAACUUGUAGUGUCCGUAAAGGCAAUUCUCAUAAACAUGAGAGUGGUGUUAUACAUCCCUCAGAACUGGCACCAGACCAGGAGGCACACAAGAAAAACACUUACAGUUGUAAUGAGUGUAACAUAACUUUUCUUCAGGACUCAGAACUCACUAGACAUCAAAGAAUCCAUACAGGAAGAAAAGCAUAUAAAUGUAACAUAUGUUGUCAGGCUUUUAAUGAUAAAUCGACCCUUAUAGUUCAUCAGAGAAAUCAUACUGGAGAGAAACCAUAUAAAUGUGAUGUAUGUGGCCACUGCUUUAAACAGCAUACCCAACUUCAAUAUCAUCGGCGAGUUCAUACUGGAGAGAAACCAUAUAAAUGUAAUGUUUGUGGAAAGGCCUUUAGUCGAAAAGCAAUGCGUACAAUUCAUCAGACCCUUCAUACUGGAGAGAAACCAUAUACAUGUGAAGUAUGUGGCCAUGGCUAUACUCGAAGCACAUAUCUUGCAAUUCAUCAGAGGGUUCAUACUGGAGACAAACCAUAUAAAUGUGAUGUGUGUGGAAAGGCCUUUACUGUAAGUGGAAACCUUAUAUCUCGUCGGAAAGUUCAUACCAGAGAGAAACCAUAUAAGUGUGACGUAUGUGGCAAGGCCAUUAGUGUAAAUGGAAGACUUAAAUCUCAUUGGAAUAUUCAUACUGGAGAGAAACCAUAUAAAUGUAAUGUAUGUGGUAAGGCCUUUUGUGUAAAUGGAAGCCUUACGUCUCAUCGGAAAGUUCAUACCGUAGGGAAACCAUAUGAAUGUGAUGUAUGUGGUAAGGCCUUUAGUGUAAAUGGAAAAUUUAAAUCUCAUCAAAAUAUUCAUACUGGAGAGAAACCAUACAAAUGUGAUGUAUGUGGUAAGGCCUUUCGUGUAAAUGGAGGCCUUACAUCUCAUCAGAAAAUUCAUACCGGAGAGAAACCAUAUAAAUGUGAUGUAUGUGGUAAGGCUUUUAGUGUAAAUGGAAGACUUAAAUCUCAUCGGAAUAUUCAUACAGGAGAGAAACCAUAUAAAUGUGAUGUAUGUGGUAAGGCCUUUCGUGUAAAUGGAGGCCUUACAUCUCAUCGGAAAAUACAUACUGGAGAGAAACCAUAUAAAUGUGAUGUAUGUGGCAAGGCCUUUAGUUUCAAUGCAAGCCUUGCAGUUCAUCAGAGAAUUCAUACUGGAGAGAAACCAUAUAAGUGUUUUUUGUGUUGAAAGGCCUUUAGACAAGCUGCAUCCUUUGCGGUUCAUCAAAGAAUUCAUUCUGGAGAGAAACUGAGAGGGUAACAUGCAGGAAGGACAGGGGUCUCCAAACAGAGGAAAUAGGCUGCAAGUGUCUCUUAAAAAUCUGUGUUGCUCUAAUGACACCUGGUUCCACCUGAACUUAACUUUUCUCUAACCUCGAGCUAAACCUUGAGCAUUUUUCUUAUGGAAAUGUUUUUCUUAAGCUAUGUUAAUGAAACUAUGUAAUUGCUUUGGAAUUGGCCUUUCUUCAGAAUGAUUCUUCCUAAGACUAUCAUCAGAUUUGACUAUCAUCAAACCAUGGGCUGAUGAUAGCUCAACAAAACAGUAUUCAUAUCGGUUGUUUUAUGGCUGGGGGAUGACACGUCUCUUGCCAUCCUAUCUCAAAAAUGCAUAUUGUGGGAGAGGGGCCUGCUGAAACUCCCUCAGCCUCGAGGUGUCUCUCUUAUCUGAUGAAUAACUUUCUAACCGACAUAAAACAGCUUGCUAAAACUAGCAGGGGGGCGCUCUCCAUCCCCCUUCUGAUGUCUAUGUCAGAAGCUUUCUCUGUCCCUUUUUCACUUUAAUAAAACUCUGCUUCACAAAA